AUGAGAGCGUUGGAGGCUCGCGGGGCGGCUCAUCAAUCACGGGACUUCGCCCCUCGCCCGCGGCGCCCCGUGACGAAUGCCAACCCAAACACCAUUGUGGCCAAUGCCACACACAACGGGCCGACGCGAGGAUGCGAAAACGCAGGCAAAUUACGAGCUUACGAGCGCGGACGGGUGGCGAUGUACGAAACCGCCGCGGCAUGCCUCGUGCUUCCCGCUCUAUCCCGCGCGCGUCCACCUACCUCCAUCUCGCUCGCGGAAACGGGGGUCGAAUACGUGAACUUUCACGUCAUGUGUUCCGUGCCUACUGGGCUCUGGCCAGCGCCACAACACACAGUG